AUGCCGGUGCCUUCCUUCAACGUCAUCAAUGGCGGCAGCCAUGCUGGCAAUCGGCUGGCCUGUCAGGAGUUCAUGAUUCUUCCCGUGGGCGCCUCAAGUUUCAAGGAGGCCAUGAUCAUCGGAGCGGAAGUCUACCACAACUUGAAGAGCGUGAUCAAGAAAAAGUAUGGCCAAGAUGCCUGCAAUGUUGGAGAUGAAGGCGGUUUCGCUCCGAACGUGCAGGACAACAACGAGGCCUUGGAUGUGUUGAUGGAGGCCAUCCAGAAGUCAGGACACGCAGGCAAGGUGAAGAUUGGCACAGAUGUGGCCGCCUCCGAAUUCUACAAGUCGGAUGAGAAGUGCUACGACUUGGACUUCAAGAAGGAAGGUGGAGGAGGAGCUGACAUGAAGAAGUCGGUGCCGCAGCUCAUUGAGUACUACAAGAGCUGGUUGUCCAAGUAUCCCUUCGUCUCCAUCGAGGAUCCCUUUGACCAAGAUGACUGGGACGCUUACAAGCAGUUCAUGGCGGAAGUUGGCAAGGAUCAACAGAUCGUUGGAGACGAUCUGCUGGUGACCAACCCCAAUCGCAUCAAGAAGGCGUUGGAAGUUGGAGCAUGCAAUGCCUUGCUGUUGAAGGUGAACCAGAUCGGUUCCAUCACCGAAGCCAUUGAAGCUGCGAAUAUGUCCAUGGACAACGGCUGGGGCGUCAUGGUCUCUCACCGUUCGGGUGAGACGGAGGACUCCUUCAUUGCGGACCUGGUGGUGGGUCUCCGUACGGGACAGAUCAAGACAGGCGCCCCAUGCCGAUCGGAACGCCUGGCCAAGUACAACCAGCUGAUCCGCAUUGAGGAGGAGUUGGGACCCAUCUGCAGUGGCUCGGCGGAACGGAGGGCGAUCUCACCUUUGGGCGAUCGCCUAGGCUUUGCAGGCGUGAACUUCAGGUUGAGAUUCGAUGGGGAGAAACCAGGCUUCCUCUUAGUCAUGGCAGACGAAGCUGCUGCGGAGCCUGCGAAGCCCGCGGAGCCUGUGGAGCCUGCGGUUGCGCCAGCUGCAGCGGAGCCAGCUGCGGCGCCCGAAGUCAAUGCUGCGUCCGAGGCUCCGCUUUGCUCAGCAAAGGAAUCGGAGAAAGGUGCAGAGCAGACCACUGGCAAAGUUGAGGAGACCAAAAAGAUGGUCUCUCCCAGUGCGUCUCGAAGUCAAGGGCCAAAGACCCGGCGCGACCGUCGGAAGAAGAGAAGUCCUCAGAAGACCUCAGGUCGGCGGGACAAAAAUCCUGCCCGCAGUCGGCGUGGUCGACUUCCAUCAGGCCCGGCCAACCAACCCUCCAACAUGGUGGCUGGACCCAUCGUGCGUGAUGGAAAAGCGAUCUACAGCUACGGCAACUAUGAUCCGUACUACAAGCAUCGUUUCGAUCGCUGCGCUGAGGUAGAUCCCAGGAUCCAGGCGCUACUUCAAUUCUGCGGCACCGAUAUCUUCACUGACAAGGUGGUACUGGAUGUGGGAUGCAACUCAGGUUUCAUCACCUUCCUGGUAGCAGCCUUGGGAGCACGACGCGUGGAGGGUGUGGACGUGGAUCUAAGCCUCAUCACUCGUGCGCUGAAGCAUCUGAGAUGGUUGAAGCAGAAGGGCUACAAGACGAUGUGA